AUUAUGCUUAUUCACAAGAGACAAUAGCGCCUUCAUCUGCAGUGAAUAAUACACUCCGUUGGCUGUCCGUUUUCAUGACUUGAAUUGAUAAUGUCUUUGUCUGUCGAGUCAAUUCCUUUGGUCCACACCAGCCACCCUCCUUGCCUUUUUACCACGCCAUUUCCUGCUGCUCUCCAUCCAGUCCAUUUCCACAUGGUGAAGGAUUACCUAGGAUCACUCGAAAAAUAAAUUCAUUUCUUCUUAACUGUGCAUACUUCUUCGGUCUCUUCACGCUCCUCUCAUCGCCAACUGCCAGUAUCUGCCACCCAGCGCUAUUAUCUUAAUUGGUCGUAGCAAUUCCUUACAUCACGUUAUCCACUGAAAAUGCCGUCCUCAACGAUUGUCGAUUACGUGGAAUCGAAAAUUCCCAGCUCAAGCAUUCUAGACCAGCCAUACAUCAACGUGUAUAAUGUCCGCUCCCUCGACUCGGCGUUCAAAGUUUGGCAAAAUGUCCGUGGCCCGCUCCAUCAGCUCAUUGCAUCAGUUUUGGACAGAAAUAGCAGCUGCAUUGCUAUUGACUUGAUGAAAUACGUUGGACAAGACCCUUUUCUUGCGGACGCCACGCUUCUUCUUCUCUUCCCGACUACCGCCAGUGCUGAGCAUUGGCCAGCACUCGAGAUUGCCGCCACAAAUCUUGUUCAGGAAAAGGCUGAAGACCUUGAACACUACGAAAAAAUCAAGGUCGUAAUUCGUUCCGUCGAUCUGUCUCUUUCCGCUAUCAUCCACACCAAGCAGGCUCUCGACAAAGCUGUUGGUAUCCAGUAUGACUCUUUCUGGCUAUCAAAGCUAUCCUGAAGAUCGAAAUGCGACAUGAUUCAAAUGAAAUUACGAUACAGAUCUAGUACGUCGGGUUAUGCCUUGCGAAAGUAAUAGUUGCAGUUGAACAAUUGGGGGCGGCAAAAUCACAACACCCUUCAAGGGUAGGACAGCAUUGAUAUGCGCAAGUAGGCAUGCACCGUAACUGGACCCUUUGGCGGAAGUGAUAUCUUGUUAUGCUUGUAGUUCGAAAGUCUUAGAUGCUUGACCUGUUUUCCUGGCUUGGUCUUCUUGUCUUUGUAUGCUUUCAAUACAUGGGAAUUUACAAUGUGCUUAUAGGCGGAAAGUAGUCUAAAUGUUAAUACUAUGCGGUACAGUGCCU